UCCUCAAUACUUGUUCUACAUCAUCAAAAACACACUUGUUUUCUUGAAUUUGCAUAUUUUCGUUUCUGAAAAUGUCUUGCUGUGGAGGAAACUGUGGUUGUGGAUCUGGCUGCAAGUGCGGCAACGGCUGUGGCGGAUGCAAGAAUUACCCAGAUUUGAGCUACAACGAAAGCACCACAACUGAGGCUUUGGUGCUUGGGGUGGGACCUGAGAAAACAAGCUUCGGCACAAUGGAAAUGGGUGAAUCCCCUGCUGCUGAGAAUGGCUGCAAAUGUGGAUCUGACUGCAAGUGUAACCCUUGCACUUGUUCUAAGUGAACAAAUUAAAUCUUAAUUAAGCAGAGAUGGAUGGGUGUUAGCCUUUUAUGGCUAAGAUAAAAAAUAACUAUAGUUUUUAAAAUGUAGUUUAUAGUUGUGUCUGUUGAAAACAGGGGGAAAUUAUGUGUUUUUUCCUCUGUAAUAAGGAAGAGUAAUGGAGUCUGAACAAUGUUUGGGUUCUUGUUAUUGUGGCGUUGUGUAUACAAGUAGUUGUGUGGUUUGUAACAUGAGCAUCUCUGCUUCUGGUGUUUUAACCUAUGUUAUUUCCUUUUUCCCGAU